UCUAUAUAAUUGUAAUGCUAUGGUAAAACUUGCAUUGCUUUGUGCUGUAUUGUUAUAAGUCCGCCUAAUUAAUCAGUUAUUUAUAAUUAUAAAAUGACUCUGAGAAUGUAGUUUUUCUUUUGUUGAUAAAAACGUAGUCUACUUGAAUACUGGUGAUUGCAGUUUUUGUUCUAGCUAAACAAUUGAGAAUCGUUCACUCAUUUAAUAAUGGAUUCUGAGAACGAAACACGAGGAGCUGAUGCGGAAGUCCCGACAGAAGAAGAUAAGCGCAACGUCGAUAGCGAUCAAGACACAAAUAAACUCGAUGAAAAGAAUGUCGAAUCGGAUAAAGAAACCACUGAAAUAUUGCAGGACUCUGAUGCCCCCAAGAGUAGUGAAAUAGUUUCAGAAAAUAAGGACGAUGACAAAGAUUCACCAAAUGCCGAAAGUGCAAAUAUUCCGGAACAAUCUGAAGAAGAAGAAGAAAAAACAAAAGAAUCUCAAGUUUGUGAAGACCCGAAUGAUGAUACGGAUAAAUGUACGACCGUGGAUUCUCAUCCUGAAGUAGAAACAAUGCAAAUUGACUCUGAACCAAUGGAACAAGAAAAUUUACCGAAAACACCGAAUGAAGAGGGCGAUACUAUUUCUAAAGAUUUGGAUGGAAUAUCGGACAUGGACUCGCAAGAUCCUCUCGAUCAACAAACGAAGAAAAGCGACUCGGAAUCAAUUCCAAAUGCAGACGAUGUCUGUUUGUCGGAUGAUGCACUCGAUGAGACUAGAAUCAACACGAAGGAAAAUAAUUUGGAUAGUAAUGUAGAUGAAAAGGAGGGUAAAACUAGUGAAGCGCCUGAAAAUUCAAAUGCUGAUUCACCAAUGGAAGUGUCUACUAAUAAGGACAUCGAUCCUGAAAUUGAAAACGACGAUUCAAAUGCGGAAAAAUCGAAUGACAAAUCGCCGGUAAAUCAAGAUUCAAGUGAAAAGGAAGCAAAGAGUUCUCACGAACAGGUGAAUACCGAAUUCGUACAAAUUAUCAGCCAGGACAAACAAGAUGAUUCACAGAUUGAAAAUCAUUCAAUAAUGGACGCGGAAGAUCCAUUUGGAGGCGAUAAUCUAAUCACUGAAAAUUCCGAACAAAACGAGACUGACGCCAUUUCGAAGAGUAAGGAAAAUUUCGAAAAAAUGGGCAAUCAGGUGGACAAUUUGCAAGACGUGAUUGCAACUAAGGAAACGGAAAAUGAAACCAUUUGCAAUGAGGAGAAAGAAAAAGCAGUUGAGGAAAAAAGUGCUGUUCCUUCAUCAGAUGUCAUCAGUGAGGAUACGGAGAAUUUGACUGUUAACGAAAAUGAUAAACCAGCGGAAAAAGAGCCCGAGUCCAAGACAGCGGAAGACGCGGAAGAAAAAGAGAAAGAAAAAGAAAAAGAAAAGGAGAAGGAGAAGGAAAAGACAACGAAUAUAGAAACAGAAACUACGGUUCUACCUGGUCAGGACGACGAAUUGUGUAUAAUUCCAGAUUCGAUGAAGGACGUCGAGGAGAGUGCAAAAGACGCCGAGACUCCAAAGGAAGCGGAGAAGGCAGAAAAAAUCCCUGAGAAAAGUGAUGAAAAAAUUGACGAAAGUACGAAAACACCAGUCGCUGCAAAAGAGAAACCCGUUAGUGAAACUGAUUCGGAGACUGUCGCUACCAAGGAACCAAUAAAAAUUCAAACUACAACGCCCAUCACCCAGUCUAUAACGGACGUGAUAGAUAUUGAGGACGAGCCGGAAAAAGUUGUCGAAGUUGAGGAAAUCCAAUCAAAAGAGACAUGUAAACAGUGCAACCAAGUUAAGGUCUGCAAAAUAAAAGUGAAAGUAGGCACGGAUUUAUUUAGCGUCUGUUCCAAAGCUUGUAAAUCGGCGUUCAAAUCAGCAAACAAUAAAGCGAUGGACAUUCCAAGCGACGGGGUGAAUUCGAAAAGGGAGAAACGCUGUGCAAGUUGUCUGCUGAUAAUCGAGAGUAAUGACGAGCGCUGUCUCUCUUGGGAAACAAUGGAAUUUUGUAACGAGGAAUGCUUGGGGAAGUUUCAGACAAAGUAUGGAAGUUACUGUAGAAAUUGUAAUGGUUCAGUUCAGCCAGUAAGUUUGGGAAAGUAUUGUGUGAGAUUUGGUUAUGACGUUAGGCAAUUCUGCUGCUCGGUGUGCUUGGAAGAAUUCAAGAAGGGUUUGAAAGUUUGUACCUAUUGCCAAAAGGACAUAAGUGCGGGAACGGAGGGAUUUUUAGCACCUGUUGGGGAUAAAGGGCAGUUUAAGGACUUUUGCACCCAGGACUGCAUGGAAAAAUACUCAAGAAUGAGCUCAACCGAGCCACCAGUCGCAGAGAAGAAGGCUUGCAGCGUUUGCCAAGAGGAAAAACUCGUCCAUUGUGAGGUUCAAAUAGACAGAGCUGUUCCAGUUGCAAUUUGCAGUGAUCCUUGCUUUGCUGCAUUUAAAUUUGUGAAUAAAGUAGAUCCUGAUCAGUGUUCUACUUGUAAAAAAUUCUUCGAACUUCCAAGCAAAAAGAGUUUUGUUGUCUUUUAUGAAAAUGAUGCUCACACAUUUUGUACGAAAACCUGUUUAAAUAUAUUUAUCAUCACCAAUCGGAAAAUCGUACCUUGCAGUUGGUGUAAAGUGAAGAAAUACAAUUUUGAUAUGAUUAAGAAGGAAUUGAAGAAUGGAACAGUCAUGAUGAUGUGCAGCUUAAAUUGUCUAACGCUCUAUCAGGUUUCAAUUAAUGCAGUCUCAGCGAGGAGAAUAAAGUGCGACUACUGCAAGGAGGUCUCUCAGGCGCAGUACCAUUUGACAAUGUCGGACGCGACAAUUCGCAAUUUCUGUUCAUACAAUUGUGUUAUGAACUUCCAAGGUCAAUACACAAAGUCGCCGAUUACGAUACCAUCGAGUGACGACCACCCCGUGCCCACGGGGGUGCCCAAAAGAACAAUUCCUACCAGAUCGAUAGCCCCCACGCCAGUGAAGACUGUCGACCUUCAGACGAAGAAGAUAAUGCCCGUGAUAUCCUCGGUGACGAGUUUAGCGACCAUGGGCAAUGGUCAAGUGAGCACUGCGACUCCGAAUUCCGUGCCAAGUACUGUGGUGUCGCCCUUGUCCGUUCAGACAGUUUCGAGUCAAACGCAAAUCAUUUACAAACAGCAAGUGAUCACGAGGCCCACGAGCCCAGUGAAAAUCCACAAUAAAUCGACUCAGUGCAAACCGCUUGUUCAUACGAAAGGUGUUUCCGUGCGACCACAUCCUUGUAAUAAAGAAACGCAAACCGACGAAAUUCCCAAAACAAUUAUUCCCAUUCCUGUACCAAUUUACGUACCUUUCCCACUGUACAUGUACAAUAUGCCAUACCCGGUUCCAACGCCGAUUCCAAUUCCCAUUCCAGUUCCUAUCUUCGUGCCGACAACGAGAAACAGUGCUAAAGGUAUAAUGAAGGACAUUAAGAGGAUACAGGAGAAGAUACCGUCAGAUCCCUUCGAAGCUGAACUACUCAUGAUGGCGGAGAUGGUGGCCACUGAGAAGAAGACAACGGACAGUGACUCUGACUCUGUAGACGAGAACAGAGAUGAAGCUGGAGAAGAUCCUUCCAAUACUCAGACAGACGGUUACACGGCGGAAGAUGUAGACUCAAACAAUACCUUUAGCGAGGAUAUGUUCCAAAUGGCCUUAAAAAUGGCAACUGGUGAACUGGAUGAACCUGCAGUGGAUUUGGAAGCUGCCUUAACUCCAAACACAAUAACGCCAUCUCAAUCCCAGACACAGAACGAUACACCUACUGAGAAUGACGCACCUCCCGAACGUCUUUCUUCAACGCGUGGAAGAAAACGCAUGGUCUCUUACAAACCCCGUUCGGCGCCAAGCAAGCGGGGAAGGCGAGCGUCGGCCACCAACGAUGUAUCUCUCGUACCACGUCCAGAACAACAGACGACGCAGCCACCAAGAUUCAAUGAACCUACCGAAAAACCAGACGCCAACAUGGCUCUUAAAUACACAUUUGGAGUCAACGCUUGGAGACACUGGGUAAUUACUAAAAAUGCCGAAAUUGAGAAGCAAGCUACACCAACGCGAAAGGUUAAAUUGUUUAAAACUGACUUACUUCAACUAACAGCGGAUGAACUUAACUAUUCGUUAGUUUUGUUCGUUCAGGAGGUUAGAAAACCGAACGGUGCCGAAUAUGCUCCAGACACAAUAUACUACUUAUGUUUAGGAAUACAACAAUACUUAUUUGAAAAUAAUAGAAUAGACAAUAUUUUCACUGAUUCAUACUAUGAACAAUUUACGGAUAAUUUGAAUGAUAUUGCGAAGAAGUUUUCAGUUUUAUACAACGACGCACAAUACAUUGUUACGAGAGUCGAAGAAGAACACUUGUGGGAAAGCAAGCAAUUAGGAGCUCAUUCGCCCCAUGUACUUCUUAGUACGCUAAUGUUUUUCAACACGAAGCACUUUAAUUUAGUGUCAGUGGAUGAACAUAUGCAGUUAUCGUUUUCGCAUAUAAUGAAACACUGGAAGAGAAAUCCAGCGGCACAGCCUUCAGCGGUAGCGGGAAAAGUUCCAGGUUCAAGAAAUGUUUUGUUACGUUUUUAUCCACCUCAAUCUGCUUUGGAAGCCAAUUCGAGGAAGAAGAAGGUUUACGAACAACAAGAAAAUGAAGAUAAUCCUUUGAGAUGUCCUGUUAAAUUGUACGAAUUUUAUUUAUCAAAAUGUCCCGAGAGUGUAAAAACACGAAACGAUGUAUUUUACUUACUACCUGAAAGAAGCUGCGUUCCGGACAGUCCAGUGUGGUAUUCAACUUCCCCUCUCGCCAAGGAACAUCUUGUAAAGAUGUUGCAUCGCAUUAAAAUGGUCAAAGAAACUAAUAUUGCACUUUUGAAUAGUUAAUUUUGAUCAUUUCAAAAAAGAUGUGAUCUUCUGAUUUUUAAGCCCGUCUUUGACACAAAAAAAAAUUUUAUUAUAAGACGUAACUCUUUCAAGAAAGCAAUUUUUUUUAAAGAUAAACGAAAUUUAUUUGAAAAAAUUGUGUAGAAAGAAUGAAAAGAAAUUUUUGUAGACAAAUUUAUGCUGAUACUGAUGAUUCGUUUUUCCUUAUGAACAAAUUUAAAAAAAUUGCGAAAGCUUUGUUCUCAUUGGUAUUUUUAUUUUGAUAAAUAUCAAAACCAUUUAUGAAUGUAUUUUCUGAGAUAAUACCUUCAUUAUAGAAUAUUAUUAAUUAUACAGUGUCAGAAAAUUUGACUUUCGACUGUACAGUGAAAAAAAAAGAUAAUUUAGCAUUUAAAUAUAAAUUUGAAUACUAUAGUUGUAAUAUUAGUAUGGAAUAAUUUCGUAUAUUUAAUCGCUGUGAAUAGACAAAUACAUUGUUUUUGACAGAAAUUAAGUACUGCCAAAAAGUUGCAAACACACAUUAGAAUUUAAAUAGUUUCUUUUUGUUACUACAAGUACAUGACUUCCAUAUCGAAAAUAAUUUCUGGAAAUAAAGCAUAACUUAAUGUUAUAAAGCAUA